AUGGCCAUUCGAAGAGAAUCCACCCACGAGCAACCGAGCGGAAGCCAAUCCAGGCUCUGGGUUGAAGUUGCCGAUCCAGAUUUGACCGAGGAGGAAAAGGAGAAUCAAAGCGUUAUUUCGGAGUGCGUCUGUGGUUGUCGGAUCUGUUCGGGCCGAGUCGAGGCUUUCACUCGCGAGAAUGCACGUCUAAUGAGAGAGAUUGAACGACUCCGGCUACGAGUUCAAGCACUCGAGAGCUCUUCACAUUCCGAUGAAAACAGUUCUUCAUCAAUCUCUCGACGUCCUCCAACUCCUGUAGGAAAAGUGGCUCCAGUCUCAAGAAAACAUAAAAGAGAAUCAGCCUCAACAGAUAUUUCCCAAAGUCUUUCAUCAACAAUCACGAGUUCUCAUCGAUCUUCAGCAUCCAGGGAAAUUUGGAAUGAAAAUAGCAAUGAAACAAGAGAACGAUCGAGUAUGGUAGCAAGAACAAGAAAUGAGGAGAUUGUACUGCCAACGAUGAUAAAUCUACCACUCAUAUCAACACCUAUUCACAGACCGAGAGCGGAACGAAGUCAUCAAACGACCCCAGUGAUUCCUUCUCGGUCGCCGACUCGCUUGCCACCAGGUGCUCGUCUACAAGCUUCAUCGAUGGGCCGAUUGCCAAUUAUUCGACCGCAAACAGAAACCACGAAUACCCGGAUUAGAAGAGCGCCAUCGCUCAGAAGUCGACACGAGUCUCCCAAUCGAACUUUCAUCAUCACUUCGAUUAGAAGAGAUCCAUCUCCAGCUCCUGCAAGAAGGACUCCCAUUCUGCAGCCAAAUCAAAGCUCAUCAAGCGCUGAUGAACAAGUGGUGAUUGAGAGACUAGGCUCACCGACAAUUCCCAUUUCACAAAUGACUUUAAUGCAACGCCUUUUGGUGAAGCGACCGGAAUUCGUGCGUCAUUGUACUGAGAGACAAGAUCGAAUCAAACAGGCAUCGAUGUUGAGGAAAACGAUUCAUCAAAGGAAAUUGCAUACAGCAGCUUUAUUGGCUGAAGACUUGAUUCCCUUGGAAGAUGCCCUUCCGGUACUUCGAGAAGAUCCGAAUCGAGUUCGAGCAUUUACACCAGAAAGCGUUAGAGGAAGGACUCGAAGAGUCUAUCAAACGACUUUGGAAUACCAAAGACGUCAACACGAGCGAGAAAGAGAAGUCGAGAGAGCGGCGGCUCGGAUCAUUGCACAUUUCUCUGCAGAGGAGCAACGACGUCUUCGUCUUCGAGCGGUUGCUCAC